AUGCGUGCAGAGAUGAUGCAGAAGUUUGCAGAGGAGCAUUCAGACGACCGCCUCGAGCAGCUCAAUGACAACAAGAGGCGACUGAAGUUGGAGGCGCACAAACGGGAGACCGAGCGCUUGCUGCAGAUCCGCCGCGAAAUGUAUGACCUGGCAAGACAGCAGGAGCGCGAGGAAGCGGAAGCGAUGAAGAAGGACGAGCAUCUCCGGCAGGAAGUGAUCCAAGCAGAGCGCAAGAGGAUUAUCGAGGAGCACGCGAGGGAACUCCGGAACUUCUUGCCGCCGGGGACGCUCAAGAGCUCGGAGGACAUGAAGCUGGUCUACGGGAGCGACCAAGCCGUGGCAAUGGCAUACUGA